GCGUGUACAGGCGCGACUGGGCGUGAGUUGCGCGCGUCGGCCCCGCCACAGGAUCUCUCCAGUCUUGGUGUUUCUGCGCGUGGCCAGAACGGGAAGAUGGCAUUGCACGUUCCGAAGGCCCCUGGCUUCGCCCAGAUGCUGAAAGAAGGGGCGAAGCAUUAUUCUGGAUUGGAAGAAGCUGUGUUUCGGAAUAUUCAAGCAUGUAAAGAACUUGCUCAAACAACUCGCACAGCCUACGGCCCAAAUGGGAUGAACAAAAUGGUUAUUAAUCAUUUGGAAAAGCUUUUUGUUACUAAUGAUGCUGCUACCAUUUUAAGAGAAUUGGAGGUUCAGCAUCCUGCUGCAAAAAUGAUUGUUAUGGCUUCUCAUAUGCAAGAACAAGAAGUUGGUGAUGGGACAAAUUUUGUCCUUGUUUUUGCCGGUGCCCUUCUGGAACAUGCUGAGGAACUUCUAAGAAUGGGACUUUCUGUUUCAGAGGUGAUUGAAGGCUAUGAAAAAGCUUGCAAGAAAGCAUUGGAGAUUCUGCCUGAUCUUGUAUGCUGCUCUGCAAAAAAUCUUCGGGAUGUUGGAGAAGUGGCAUCUUUGCUACAAACUUCAGUAAUGAGUAAACAGUGUGGUAGUGAAAUCUUUCUAACUCAGCUUAUUGCUCAGGCAUGUGUAUCUGUUUUUCCUGAAUCGGGUCACUUCAAUGUUGAUAACAUCAGAGUAUGCAAAAUCUUAGGUUCUGGUAUUAGUGCAUCCACUGUAUUGCAUGGCAUGGUAUUUAAAAAAGAAACUGAGGGUGAUGUUACUUCUGUCAAGGAUGCAAAAAUAGCUGUCUACUCUUGUCCUUUUGAUGGUAUGAUAACAGAAACUAAGGGAACUGUACUGAUCAAAAAUGCUGAAGAACUGAUGAAUUUCAGCAAAGGAGAAGAGAACUUAAUGGAGCUACAGAUCAAAGCUGUUGCGGAUGCUGGUGCGAAUGUGGUAGUAUCAGGUGGAAAAGUGGCAGACAUGGCCCUUCAUUAUGCAAACAAAUACAAUCUUAUGUUAAUCCGGCUGAAUUCCAAAUGGGAUCUCAGAAGAUUAUGCAAAACAGUUGGUGCUACAGCCCUGCCCAGAUUGACUCCACCCAAUUUAGAAGAAAUGGGCUACUGUGACAGUGUGUAUUUAUCAGAAGUUGGGGAAACACAAGUGAUUGUGUUUAAACAUGAAAAGGAAGAUGGUGCUAUUUCAACAAUAGUAAUUCGUGGCUCCACAGACAACCUCAUGGAUGAUGUAGAAAGAGCAAUUGAUGAUGGUGUAAAUACUUUCAAAGUACUUACUCGGGAUAAGCGCCUUGUCCCAGGAGGUGGUGCAACUGAAAUAGAGUUGGCAAAACAGAUAACUUCAUAUGGAGAGACUUGUCCAGGUCUUGAUCAGUAUGCAAUCAAGAAAUUUGCUGAGGCAUUUGAAGCUAUUCCCCGAGCUCUGGCAGAAAAUUCUGGAAUUAAAGCAAAUGAGCUUAUUUCAAAGCUAUAUGCAGUACAUCAAGAAGGCAAUAAAAAUGUUGGAUUUGAUAUUGAGGCUGAAGCUACAGCUGUGAAAGAUAUGUUGGAAGCAGGUGUAUUAGACACACAUCUUGGGAAAUACUGGGGUAUUAAGCUUGCUACAAAUGCUGCAAUAACAGUAUUGAGAGUUGAUCAGAUCAUAAUGGCCAAGCCAGCUGGUGGCCCUAAGCCUCCAUCAGGGAAGAAGGAUUUGGAUGAUGACCAAAGUGACUGAAAUAGUUAUGCACAUGUAGACAAUGUUGUCUGUUUUGCCAGAUGUGUUCUACUUAUCUUUAAAUUAUGAGACUAAUCUGUAUUACAAGUCUACCUUGAAGCAUUUCAAUAAAAGCAGUUUCAGUAA